UCGAGAAGAUGGCGGGAGUAGCAGACGCGCAGUUUGUCGAGAUGGCGACCUUACGAAAACGAGCACUCCUCGCAGCGGCACUCGAUGAGUUCCUUAGCUCUUCGGACAGCGAGGACGACGAGUUUUUUACCAUCGCCGCGAUUACCGGUGAUUGCUGCGGUGGCAAAGAGCGCCCGAAAGUCAUGAACUUCGUGGAGAGCGUUGUGAGGCGCUUCGAUAACACCGAGUUCCGAAAGCAUUUCCGGGUAGCCCGAGACGUGUGCUACAAAGUGAUAGCUGACUAUGAGAAGUCGGAGUUCUAUCCUCGUGGCCAUGGUCCCUACCCCCGGAAGACUGCUGAAGAACAUGUACUUUCCUUCCUUUGGUUUGCUGGAAACAAACUAAGUGAGCGAGCCGUCGCAGUGAUAUUUGGCAUGGCAGAAAGCACUCUUCAUGACAUCGUCGAGCGGGUGGCAAGCUUCUUGGAAAGCAUCAGUACCGACGUCAUUCAUUUUCCCAUAUCUGCACAAGCUAAGGUUGCGGCUAGUGCGAAAUUCGAAAAGAUUUCAGGCUUCCCUCGUGUUUUGGGCUGUGUGGAUGGCACCUAUGUGGACACCAGAUGCCCUGCACAUAAAAUUCCAUCCACGUAUACGAACAGACACGAUAAGAAGUCCUACAGCAUGCAAGCAAUUUGCGAUUCUGAUCGAAAGUUCCUAGAUGUCUUUCUCGGGCACACGGGGAAAACACACGACGCACAGGCAUUCAGGCGGUCCUUUGUCUUGGAUGACUUGCCACAAAUCUGUGAGGGUGACAAGUAUCAUAUACUAGGAGAUGCAGCGUACCCCAUAAGAGAGUACCUCCUAACUCCAUUUAGGAACUACGGCAAACUCGUGCCGGACGAGGUGAACUACAACUUAAAGCUGAGCCAGACACGUGUCCGAAUAGAAAAUGCCUUUGGGCUACUGAAGGGACGCUUCAGGCAGCUUUUAUACCUUGAGUUCUGGAGUGUCAACAAGGCCACACAGUUUAUUCUUGCGUGUUGCGUCUUGCACAAUUUGUGUAUCGACGCAGGAGACACAGAUAUAGAUGAGGAAGAAGUAAAAAAUGCAAGCAAGGGUCGCAAGCCAGGCCCGGGCGACGCUUGGGCUAAAGAAAACCCCAAGAGGGAGAAGCUACUAAAACAACUGGGUGAAGAAAAGAGAAAAAAAAUUGCAUGCUACCUUCGCACAGUCCAGUAACUUGUCAACGUUCCUGUGCACCACUUUGUUGUAGGAAAGUGUGCGGCACCUGCCAACUUUUUUGUGCACUCUGUUGUAAGGAAAUAACAUAAUAAAGUAAUUAUGCAUUUGACCUGAUCCUGUGUUCUGCAAAGCAAUAGCAUACAUAGUUUCUACAGCCUCAGAAACCAACUAGAAAAAUAACUCCAUUAAAUUUAAUAUUUAUAAAUACAAAAAAGGAAUGGAAGUCUGUCCAUAUAAAAGCACGUCUUGGCUGAUAAUCCUUACAUCUACACGUCUACCAUUAGGCUUCAAGAUCCUUUUCAGGCGCCAGAAGACUGCGCAAAACCUCCAGCUUCUCUUUGUGGCGACGUUCCCGCUGCUCUUCUCUGUGCAUGUGUAUCUUCCACAUCAUUUCGCACACAGGGUUCACCUUCU